GUGUUGAAUGAGACUCUCUCUCCAGCCUGGUCUGAGUGUUUGUUGUUCGACAGAGUUCUGCUGGAGGGGACGAGGGAGGAACUCCAACGAGACCCCCCUCUCGUCAUCAUCAACAUCUACGACUACAACGCAGUGGGCAGUCCGAAGCCUCUGGGUCGGGCGUUUGCCGAGCCGGAGUUGAAGUUUGUGGAGCAGCACUACAAGAAGCCCCGCCUCCGUUACUAUGACAUCAGCAUGGGCAAGGCCCCGGCUGGUGAGCUGUUGGCCACCUUCGAGCUCAUCGAGCUGGACUACUCUGGGUUUGGAGAGCCUUGUCUCCCCAGCAGUGUGGAACCUAAGGAGCUGACCUACCUGGAGGAGCAGAAAUAUUACAUCAUCCCAGAAGGAGUCCGACCUGUGCUGAAGACCUUCAGGAUCGAGGUCACAAACACACAUAUAUAUAUGUGACAUUUAUUUAGGGCACUUUUGAGGACAUUACAUAGACUUGCAUUCAUUUCCUGGAGACUUUACCCUAACAUUAACCACUGACAAACAAAUCAGAUAUUCCAAAUUGGGGACACAGCUUGCAUUUUGUCCCCAAAAGGCUGGCGAGUCCCCACAAUGUGGCUUUGUAAACUGAUUAAUGUCCCCACAACAUUGGAAAAGCACAUACACACACACACUCAUACACACACACACUCACAC